CAUUAGCUGUCAGAAGCGUAUAGAUGUGAUGCAAUACACACUGACUGGCAGAAAGUAUUUAUUAGCGAACAAGUGAUGGUGUUAUUUUCUUUUUAAUCAUCUCUUAAGUUUUCUUAAUAUUUAUUUUUCAAAUUUAAUUCAAUAAAUAGUUUUACAAAAUGUCUGAGGAGGAAAUAACAUUAAAAGUAUUAUCUCUCAAUUGUUGGGGCAUUCCUUAUGUUUCAAAAAAUCGUACCGCACGAAUGGAUGCUAUUGCGGAUAAAUUAAUAAAUGAUGAAUUUGAUAUUGUAUGUUUACAAGAAAUUUGGUCGAUUCUUGAUUUUAAAAUGUUUAAAUCAAGAACUCAAGAGCAACUUCCGUAUUCACAUUAUUUUUAUAGUGGCGUUGUAGGAUCGGGAGUUUGCGUCUUCUCUCGCUAUCCAAUUUUAGAUGUUAUGUUUCACAGAUGGUCCGUAAAUGGUUACGUACAUAAAAUUCAUCACGGUGACUGGUUUGGCGGUAAAGGAGUUGGACUUUGUAAAGUUAGAGUGCAGAAUAUGGAUAUUAAUGUCUACAUUGCUCAUUUACAUGCCGAAUACGAUAGGGAAAAUGACGAGUAUACGGCACAUAGAGUUUUGCAAGCGUUUGACACUGCACAAUUUAUUAGAAUGACAAAAGGAGGUGCGGAUGCAGUUAUACUUGGUGGUGAUCUCAAUACAGAACCACAAGAUUUGGCUUAUCGUUUAAUUUGCGGUAUUGCCGGCUUACAUGAUUCCUGCUCAAAUAAUUCUACCUUCAUUGGAACCAAUGAAUGUGCCAAGAAUAGUUACACAUGUUCUAGUUUGGUUAAUAAAAUGCCAAAUGGAAAACGUAUCGAUUAUAUUUUAUAUCUAGGUUCAAAUAAAUUUACGGUACAAGUUGUAGAUUUUUAUUUACCAUUCCCAGAACGUGUUCCACAGAAAAAUUAUAGUUAUUCCGAUCAUGAGGCUAUUAUGGCUCAUUUAAAAAUAAGUAAAGGAGAGAAUUUAACAUCUAACAUUGACGUGAGAGAUUCACUGAAGGAAGCGAUUAACAUUUGUGGUUUAGCCUUGAAGAGCGUACGACGACAGAGGAUAUGGUACUUAAUAUUCAGUUUGCUAUUAGCUAUUCCUUUGAUGUAUUCAAUGGGACUUGAAUAUUCAUCAACGUCAAUUGGACUGAGUAUUGGUAUCAAUAUAGGAAGACUUCUUGGUACCGCGGUUCUAUGCUAUUCCUUAUUUAUGAGUUCCAUAUGGAAUAGUGUUGAGAAAAAUGCUCUAAAAGCCGGUCAUUCGGCAAUGGAAAUUCAUCUCAAUCAAUUAAUCAACAAUUAUGAAAGAAAAAUCGAAAUUAGAACUUUAAUAAAAAAAUUAAAAAUAGAAUCAAUGAAGAUCGAAUAAGUGAUGUUCUCAAAAACUUUUUUUUUGGCAAAUGCUCAAUCGUCCGUCCGUGAAAUUUGAAAAAUUUUGUAUUUUUGGCAUAAUGAAUGAUUAUUUAAAUUAUCUAAUUUUUUCAAAUGAAAUCGUAAAUUUAAUUAAUAUUGUCUAUCAAAAAAAAUUAUAUUUUUUUAAUUAUAUCAAAAUUUUUUAGAACUUCUUUUUAUAAUCUUUUAAAAUUCUAAUAAUCAAGUAAAGAAAAUAUUUUAUGAGAAAUCCAUUUUAAUGCUCCAAUAUAGAAUCGAGGUUAAAACUAUAUUUUAAAGACUUUUUAUGAUGCAUUUAUCAAUAAUAUUGUAAUUUAAAAUUAUUAUAUAUAUAUAUAUAUAUUUAUCAGUAUUUUAUUAAUUUAUCGAAAUAAAAUACUGAAAUUUAAAAUGAAGCAUAUGCCUUCCAAAUAUCUCGCUAAUACUAAUACAUAGAUAUGAAUAAUAUAAAAUAAUAAUCUUCAUUGUAUAUUUAAUAUUAUUAUUAGUUUUCUUACAAACAAAAAUUAUAGAAAUUAAUUUUUUGUUAAAUAAUAUUUCAUAGUUGAUAUUUUGUUCAAUUAAUUAAGAUUUAAUUUAAAAUUCCAAUUUACGAAAUUAAAAUAUUUAAAACAUUUUUAUCGAAAAUAUUUGCAAUUUAGUGAAUAAUAUUUUGUUUAAUUAACAAAUAUUAUAAUGAAAAGGCCUAAUACAAAAAGCAAAUAUUUUGUUUAUUAUUAUUGUUACUGUAAAAGACUUUAAAAAAAAAAAAAAAUAUUAAAAUUAUCAAUUGUCAAGUGAUUAAUGCAUUCUCUUGAAAUAUUGUAACUAUAUCAAAAAUAUCAAAUAUUUUUUAUAUAUUAUUCGAUACAAUUAAGUAGUUUUUAAUUAAAUAAAAAACUGUUUAAAAUUUAAGCUAUUUAAAUAGUAAAUAAACAGUAUUACAAUUUUUCUAUUAUUUUUAGAACACUGAAAAAAAAGUUCUGGUUAAAGUUACUAGAUGCGUUUGGUUAAAAAAUUUCUAGUUAUUUUAACAAGAAAAUAUAGUUAAAAAGACUAAACAGUUCUAGUUAAAUAAGUAUGGUUAAAUUAUUCUGGUUAAAAUAAUUCUGGUUAAAAACGCGCGUUCGCGGACACUGCAUAGCGUCUGUUAUUCUUUUUCGAAUAGUUUAUCGUGCGGAUCGCAAGAAUGGAUGAAAAAGUUAACCAAGCUCUGGAAAAUUGGGGUUUGGGAGAAUUAAAAGAUCUGUUUAAAGGUUGGUUAAUUAAUUUUAUAAUAUAAGUGAAAAAAUUGUUGACGAACGGCAAACCCGUUCGUGUGGAAAAUAGUUUGAAGGUUAUGUUGAAAACGUGCUCGACACGUUUUAUCAGAAUUUUAGUUCUGAAUAAUCAUAUUUAAAUAAACAUUAUUAAGAGAAUUGCAGUGUAAAGGUGUUAUUGUUUGAUUGCAUUUAUAUGUACAUAAUACAAAUUUUUUUAAUUCAUAUUUUAUAAUAUUUUAUAAUAUAAUAUAAUAAUAAUAAAUUUAAUUAAUUCUCUGAUUAACUAGAAUUUAUGGUAAGAUCAACCAGAAAUUUUUUUACCAAAAAUUUUUAACUAGAAAAAUUCUAGUAAGAUUAACUUGAAAUUCUGGUAAAAUUAACCAGAAUUUUUUAACCAAAUUUUCUAGUACUUUUAACCAGAAAAAGUAGUAAGGGUAUAUAUAACUUUUUAUUCUGGUUAGAUUAACCAGAAUUCUGGUUAUUUUAACCAGACUUUUUUUUCAGUGAAGGAAUAUCGUGAAAAUGAUUAAACGCAAAGAAAUUUAGUUUUGUCGAAUGUAUUUUUUCUAUAUAAGUAGAUAGUAAUAGUUUUUAUCUACCAUAAUCUAAAAGUAGUUCCAUUGUUCACAGUACAAGAAAACAUAUGUUCAUCAUUUUUUAAGUCAUUCGAAAAAACAAUUCUGUAUUUCUUAAAUACUAGUUUAUAGUCUUUUUUAUAUAAUAAAUUUAUAACAAUGCAUA